UUGCGCGUCAGUUCCGAACAGUCAGUUGCCGAAGUAGUUUGUGCCAGUUAAAUUUUGUGCUCUAGUCCAACCAUCUUCCAUCAUCAUCCAUCCUACAGCGUCGAGGACUUCCAGAACGGGUCAAAGCCAGUUCCAGUUCACCUAAAACUAAACCCAGUGGGGAAUGUAUCGACUGUUGUGUGUUGGUCCUCCAAAGAGCAAGCGUGGGACACAUUUGGUUUGUAAAAAUUGUAUCAAUUUUUUUCUAUCUUUUUUGUAGAUAAUUCCUCUUUUAGCAGUAAGUAAUAACUAUUGUUAUAAUUCGAAAAGACUAGUCUUGAUUUUUAUUUGAAUAAAUUUAAGAGAAUUUAUCAGUAAUAAACGAUUUUUUAAUUUUGAAAACUAAUCCCCAUUUUUUUCCUUUUUGUUAGUGUCUUAAGACUAAUUUAUUUUAACUUUACAUGUGAAGAGAAAGGUGUGAAAAAUAUGAGAGGACCAGGGUUAUUAAGUCUCGUUGACAAAAUCGUCUCGAAUAGCAGAUAAGCUGCAACUUGUAAGAGCAGACAGGCAAUCUGGGUCUUCGAUGAGGAGAGGAGAGCUAUUUACGGUUUAGAACAUGACCAAGGGUAAACACAUACAUAUAUCAUUCAUAACAUGAUGCUGUUCAAUCCAUUCCAGAAAACGUAUCUAUAUUGAUUUGUAGUGUUUUCUCUACAUUAAUUUCUUCCUAGGAUCACAGUUUGUUUAUUUUAUUUUUGCAAAAGGAUCAUUAAGUGAGCCUUGGCAGUCAACCGGUUGCAGGGGCGUAGAAUUCAGUUUUGUCACUUGUGGUAUAUGGGGCCAAGUUCAGUCGACAACUUGGACCAUGCCAAUAGAGUGUAUUAUAUAGCAGUACUCUAAUAAAUAGCAAUACCAUGCUGGGUGCAGAACGAAGUUUUUCUGCAGAUAGCUGUUAAGUUUUUUGUUUUGGACAUUUGGACAAUGUUUCGAUCCUCCCGAUAGAAAAAAUGUGAGCUUGCGGCGCCGGCGUGUCAUUUUUAAGAGCUGUACAACGUAUGUUUCUGAUGUGAAGGACAUGAUGCUGUGACUGCUGUGCAACUGCGUCUACAGCUUGAAAAACAGUUUUGCGGUGCCGAGCCAAGUUCAGUCGAAAACUUGAGCCGUACCACCAGAACUACCACGCAAUGGUACCAGUACCGCCGUUGAAAACUCGGAAGCAGUUCACACACUCAGUCCAUCAUAAUGCAUAUUCUAGACGAUUUUGUCAAUUCGCCCAGUUUGUCCCAGUGUCGAACCUUGGUCUUCGUUAAGAACCCAAAACACCAGAAAACCUUUACAAAAUGAACCCAGUGCAGUUAGCGGUUCAGCUGGUUCAUCCCCCCUGGUCCAUGUUCGAACAAAUAUCAGUUCUACCACUACACGCAAAAUAAUAGAAAACUCGAAAGAAAUACUAGUUCCUAGAAAUAUUCUGCAUCCUCUGAGGUGAUUCAGGAGAACAUCGUGCUAGGAACAGAGAAAAACUUCUAGUAGCUGAAAAAAUCAAACAAUAAGUUACAUAAAAAGUAAAAAUUAUAGUAGUAUUCAUAUGAAGUAUAAAAUUAAUAAUAAUGUUCCACAACGAUUUGAAAUAACUUAUUUAUAUGAAAUGAAGAUUUUAAAGAAAAAACAACCCCAUACCAGGCUCAAAAUUCUAUCACCAAAUACAUUUUACGGACGCUGUUGAUUUACAACCUUUUUAUUUCAGAAAAGUUAACUAGCUGAAGGAUAGUAUUUGAGAGGCGCCAGAAUGAUUCUUUUUGUUUUGUUCGAACUAUAUGAAAGUGAUUUGCUUAUAAAAAAUAUUUAAAAAAAGGAUUUAAACGUUGUAUAGUUGAAAAUCGUUUCGUGGGAACCAAACAGUAAGAAUUUUAGGUUAGAAUUUAAAGUUCUUUUUCAGAUUUAGUCGCUAAUUUUCCAUAUGAAAAACUGAUGACACAUAGUAAGCCAUAAUACUGUCUGGAGAUGUCAGUUUUAUAAAAAAUAUGUGCGAGUCUUAAACAAGUUUAUUUGAAACUGCUUGAUGAGCUAAUAUUUUUUUAUCAAUUUAUAUCAGUUAAAAAAAAAGAAUACGCAGUCGUUUCGUGAGGAUGCGUACUUAAAUGCACUAAUGCUUCCUGAAAUUUAAAAAAGCAGUAAGGAUUUUGAGAUAGAUUUAAAGUUCUUUUUCAGAUUUAGGAGCUAACUUUUCCAUACGAAAACGUGGAUAAAAAUAUGCCCAAUCAUGUUUACACGUUAAUUUUUAUUUGAAACUUUACUUUGAUGAGUUAAAAUUUAUUUAACUAUAUAUAACCCAAAAAAAAGGAAUGCGCAGUAGACUUUUGAGGAUGCGCACUUAAGUUAUACUUCAUGAAGUUUAAAAAAACAGUAAGGAUUUUGGGGUAGAGUUUAAAAUUCUUUUGCAGAUUUAGGAGCCAUCUUCUCUGUAUGAAAACCUGGAUAAAAGUAUAUUUAAAAAAUAGAAAUAGUGUCCAGCAAUGACAGUUUUAUAAAAAUAUAUUCGUUCAAGUCUAUAAACAUAAAUUUUUAAUUGAAACUUUGCCUUAAUUGAAACAGCCAAAAAAAAAAGAACACGCAGUAUUUUUUCGAGGAGAUGCGCACUUAAAAAACCAGUAAGGAUUUUGAGGUAGAAUUAAAAGUUCUUUUUCAGAUUUAAGAGCCUACUUUUCCGUAUGAAUACAUGGAUAAAAACAUAAAAAUUCGAAAUAGUGUCCAACGUUGCCAAUUUUAUAAAAAUCCUCUCCAAUGUGAAAUUUACACAUGAAUUUUUUCUGAAACUGCGUUUAUGAACUAAUUUUUAUUUAACUAUUAACUGCAAACUAACAGUUACAAAAGGAAUAAGCAGUAUUUUGCGGAUCUAAACUUUAAUAAUGCCUGAAGAAGUUUUAAUACAAAAAAAAACAGUAAGGACUUUGAGGUAGAAUUAAAAGUUCUAGUAACUACAAAGAUUAAUCAAAAAAUACUAUUCGUAGAGGAUUAAAAUUCGAAAAUACGUUUCAAGUUCUCAGGGAGUAUAUAAUUGAUAUUUUAUUAAUAUAACUUAUUUAAAUACCUUCUAAUUUUUCAGAAAGCUCUCAAUCUCAGUGGCCACCCUAAUUUUUUGCUAAUAACGUUCAUUAUAGAAGAAACACAAGAAAGAAAACACCUAUAGAAGUUUCAAAAGAUAACUUUUUAUUUUGUUAGGGUGGCCAUUGAAAGACAUUGAGUAAAAAUAAUUAAAUCAACAUGAUAAUUUGCCAAUAAGGAAGAAAUUUAAAAGUAUAUUUAUAUGCAAGUGAUCUAGAUAUUGAUAGACGAUGUGUCCCAUGAUUAUCUACCAUUCCUUAACUACCAAUUAUGGAAGAAUGCUUUGCAAAACCAGCGGUGAAAACUUAAUUUUAGUGUGGAAACCCAGUAUAUAUUUUUUAGUCUUCCAUGGCCCCUAUGUAACUCAAUAACCUACAAAACCAUAAAAUUAUUUUUUAAAUAUUAGCGUCUGGAGAUUUGGUACAUCAAACAGAGAGGAAAUUUUCGUUUUUACAAUUGUGUCAAGUUUAAAUUCUUAGGAGACUUAUAUUUUUGGAGGAUUUCUUUGGAGCAGUAUAUUAUUUAGGAGUUGCAGAGGGAGAGAAUUUCUUCUGAAAAAGGUAAAAAGGUAGUUUUCUUUCUUUGUUUUAAGGAACAGCCUGGGACAUCACACUGCGUGAAUACCUGCGUUUCAACCUCUGCAUACAAAAUAGACUUCCAAUUUGCUACGUUUUAUAAAAGUCUUGAAUUCAGAAUGACAUUCUUUGUGGACAAACAAGGGGAUGAUAUUCCAACAAUAUAAAAAUUGUUUAAUGUUUGUGUCCUGUAAUGACAUCCAAAUGAUAUUUAAUACUCGUAGGAUCUGUUCUAUCAGACGCCAAUGCUUGACAGUAAGAUUUUAUGUUUCUAUUUGUGUUUUAACACGUUUUUUGCAGAAACUGUUUAACGUAUUUUUAAAGAAGCGUUUAUCACUUGAGUCCAGAUAUUUAGAGCAUGUAAAUGGUAUUCAUCAUUUUAAAAAAGCUGUAAAAUCAAAUUUCAGUGAUGACAUACAGUAAGAUUGAAUAUUUUUCUAUUAGUUUUCUAACAAUUUUAUUGCAGAAAUUAUUUGGUGCAUUAUUUCAAGAAGUUUUAAAGCUUUAUGAAUCCAUAUAUUAUUUCAACAUGUUCUAGACUAAAUAUCAGAUAUCAAUGAUUGAUAGUAAGAUUCACUAUUUUUAUAUUAGUGUUUUAAAACAUUUGUUGUAGCACUUAUUUAAUGCACUAUUUCAAGGAAUCUAAGAAUUUAAAAAUCUGGGAAUUCAAAUCUUAUUCAACAUACAAAGAAUCUGUAAUAUCAGACGCCAAUGAUCGACAGUAAGAUUCAAUAUUUUUCUGUUAGUACCUUAACACGUUUGUUCCAGCAAUUAUUUAAUGCAUUAUUUCGAGGAUUAUGUUGUAUGAUUUUUAAAAGUUUAGGAGGAAUUUCAAUAUUAAUGAACCAAAAUAUUAUUCAAUACACAAAAAAUGAUUGGCAGUAAGAUUCAAUACUUUUCCAUUAGUGUCUUAACACAUUUGUUGCAGCUGUUAAAUGCAUUAAUUCAAGAAAUUAUAGGAAUUUAAAAGUUUGGAAAUCCAAAUAUGAAUCCACUAAAAUAAUAUUCAAUAUACAAAGCAACUGUAAUAUCAGAUAAUAAUUAUUGACAGUAAGAUUCAAUAUUUUUCUGUUAGUACCUUAACACGUUUGUUCCAGCAAUUAUUUAAUGCAUUAUUUCGAGGAUUAUGUAUGAUUUUUAAAAGUUUAGGAAGAAUCCAAAUAUUAAUCAACCAAAAUGAUAUUCAAUACACAAAAAAUGAUUGGCAGUAAGAUUCAAUAUUUUUCCAUUAGUGUCUUAACACGUUUGUUGCAGCUGCUAUUUAAUGCAUUAAUUCAAGAAAUUAUAGGAAUUUAAAAGUUUGCAAAUCCAAAUAUGAAUCCACUAGAAUAAUAUUCAAAAUACAAAGCAACUGUAAUAUCAGAUAAUAAUGAUUGACAGUAAGAUUCAAUAUUUUUCUGUUAGUACCUUAACACGUUUGUUCCAGCAAUUAUUUAAUGCAUUAUUUCGAAAAAUAUGUAUGAUUUUUAAAAGUUUAGAAUGAAUCCAAAUAUUAAUCCACUAAAAUGAUACCCAGUACACAAAAAUGAUUGACAGUAAGAUUCAAUAUUUUUCUGUUAGUCUCUUAACACGUUUGUUGCAGCUAAUAUUUAAUUACUCUUAAGAAAUAUUAAGGAAUUUGGAAAUUUUACAAUCCAUAUGUUAAUUUGGUACAGAAAGUGUUAAUAUCAGAUACAAAUGCUGAUAGUAAGAUUCAAUAUUGUACUAUUUGUGUUUUAACACAUUUGUUGCAGCAAUUUUGAAUGAAGUCUUUAAGUUUCUGCAAUAUUUAAGGGCGUGAUAAACCGUGAAUACUCUACAAGUUCAACUGAUGUAGAUGACUAUAGAGCUGUUCUAAAGUAAGAGUUCUUAUUUUUCUAUCAAAACCGAGCGUUUUUUUCUAGACAGUUUAGAGAUAAAUUUUGCUGCUUUUUACAUCAUCACGUACUGCAAUAAUCAAGAGAGUAGUCAAACCGUGCAUCAUCUGCAAGUUCAACUAUUAUAGACGGCUGUAGAGCUGGACUAAAGUAAGAGUUCGUAUUUUCUAUCAAAAUUGGAAACAUUUUUUCCAGACAGUUUGGAGAUAAAUUUUACUGCUGCCCACAUCAUUGGUGAUCUAGAAGUUCUACAGUAUUCAAGAGAGUGGUUAAUCCAUGAAUCCUCUAGAAGUUCAAUUGUUAUUGAUGGCUAUAGAGCUGUUUUAAAGUAAAAGUUCAUAUUUUUCUAUCAAAAUGGAGCGUUUUUUCUAGACACUAGAGAUAAAUUUUUGCUUUGAUCUACAUCAUCCCUCUAUAAGUUCUACAAUAUUCAAGAGAGUGGUCAAACCUUGAAUCCUCUAUAAGUUCAGCUGUUAUUGAUGGCUGUAGAGCUGUUUUAAAGUAAGAGUUCUUAUUUUUCUAUCAAAAUGAAGCGUUUUUUCUAGACACUUUAGAGAUAAAUUUUGCUGCUGUCUACAUCAUUAGUCCGAAGUUUCUACAUUAUUCAAGAGAGUGGUCAAACUGAAUCCUCUAUGAGUUCAACUGUUAUAGACGGCUAUAGAGCUGGUUAAAGUAAGAGUUCUUAUUCUUCUAUCAAAAUGAAGCGCUUUUUUCCAGACAGUUUAGAGAUAAAUUUUGCUGCUGUCUACAUCAUUAGUCCAAAGUUUCUAUAAUAUUCAACAGAGUGGUUAAACCGUGAAUCCUCUACAAGUUCAGCUGUUAUUGAUGGCUAUAGAGCUGCUUUGAAGUAAGAGAUCUUAUUUUUCUAUCAAAAUGGAGCAUUGUUUUCCAGAUAGUUCAGAGAUAAAUGUUGCUGUGGUUUACGUAAUCAGUCUAGAAGUUCUGCGAUAUUCAAGAGAUUGGUCCAACUAUGAAUCUUCAGUUCAACUAUUAUUAUUGAUGGCUAUAAAACUUAAAAGUAAGAGUUCAUAUUUUUCUAUCAACAUGGAGCGUAUUUUCUAGACACUUUAGAGAUAAAAUUUGUCGCUGUCUACAUCAUCGGUCUAGACGUUCUACAAUAUUCAAGAGAGUGGUCAAACCAUGAAUCCUCUAGAAGUUUAACUGUUAUCGAUGGAUAUAAAGCUGCUCGGAUCGGAAAGGAGCGUUUUUUCCAGACAGUUUAGAGAUAAAUUCUGCUGCUGUCCACAUCAUUGGUCCAGAAGUUCUACAGUAUUUAAGAGUGGUUAAACCGUGAAUCCUCUAGAAGUUCAACUGUUAUUGAUGGCUAUACAGCUGCUUUAAAGUAAGAGUUCUUAUUUUUCUAUCAAAAUGGAGCGUUUUUUGUAGACACUUUAGAGAUAAAUUUUGCUGCUGUCUACAUCAUUAGUGAAGAAGUUCUACAGUAUUCAAGAGAGCGGUCAAAUUAAGAAGCCUUUACAAGUUUGGCUGUUAUAGAUGGCUAUAGAGCCGCUCUAAAGUAAGAGUUCUUAUUUUUCUAUCAAAAUGGAUCGUUUUUUCCAGGCAGUUCAGAGAUAAAUUUUACUGUGGUCUACAUAAUCGGUCUAGAAGUUCUACAUUAUUCAAGAGAGUGGUCAAACUAUGAAUCCUCUAUGAGUUCAACUGUUAUAGAUGGCUAUAGAGCUGGUUUAAAGUAAGAGUUCUUAUUCUUCUAUCAAAAUGGAGCGUUUUUUCUAGACCCUUGAGAGAUAAAUUUUGCUGUUGUCUACAUCAUUAGUGAAGAAGUUCUACAAUAUUCAAGAGAGCGGUCAAAUUAAGAAGCCUUUACAAGUUUGGCUGUUAUAGAUGGCUAUAGAGCUGCUCUAAAGUAAGAGAUCUUAUUUUUCUAUCAAAAUGGGGCGUUAUUUUCCAGACAGUGCAGAGAUAAAUUUUGCUGUGGUCUACAUAACCGGUCUAGAAGUUCUACAUUAUUCAAGAGAGUGGUCAAACUAUGAAUCCUCUACAAGUUUAACUAUUAUUGAUGGCUAUAAAGCUUUAAAGUAAGAGUUCAUAUUUUUCUAUCAACAUGGAGCGUUUUUCCAGAUAUUUUAAAGAUAAAAUUUGUCGCUGUCUACAUCAUCGGUCUAGACGUUCUACAGUAUUCAAGAGAGUGGUGAAACCAUGAAUCAUCUGUAAGUUCAACUGUUAUAGAUGGCUAUAGAGCUGGAUUAAAGUAAGAGUCUGUAUUUUCUAUCAAAAUGGGACACAUUUUUUCCAGACAGUUUAGAGAUACAUUUUAUUGCUGUCCGCAUCAUUGCUUGUCUAGAAGUUCUACAACAUUUAAGAGAGCGGUCAAUUUAUGAGUCCUCUAGAAGUUUAACUGUUAUUGAUGGCUAUAGAGUUGCUUUAAAGUAAGAGUUCUUAUUUUUCUAUCAAAAUGGAACGUUUUUUCCAGACAGUUUAGAGAUAAAUUUUGCUGCUCUGUCCACAUCAUCAGUCUAGAAGUUCUACAGUGUUCAAGACAGUGAUCAAACUACGAAUCCUCUACAAGUUCUGCUGUUAUAGAUGGCUACAGAGCUGCUCUAAAGUAAGAGUUCUUAUUUUUCUAUGAAAAUGGAGCGUUUUUUACAGACAGUUUAGAGAUAAAUUCUGCUGCUGUCCACAUCAUUGGUCUAGAAGUUCUAAAAUAUUCAAAAGAGUGGUUAAACCGUGAAUCCCCUAGAAGUUCAACUGCUUUAGAUGACUAUAGAGCUGCUCUAAAGUAAGAGUUCUUAUUGUUCUAUGAAAAUAGAGCAUUUUUUUCCAGACAGUUAAAUAGAUAAAUUCUGCUGUGGUCUACAUCAUCGGUCUAGAAGUUCUACAAUAUUCAAGAGAGUGGUCAAACCAUGAAUCCUCUACAAGUUCAACUGUUAUUGAUGGCUAUAGUGCUGCUCUAAAGUAAGAGUUCUUAUUUUUCUAUGAAAAUGGAGCGUUUUUUACAGACAGUUUAGAGAUAAAUUCUGCUGAUGUCCACAUCAUUGGUCUAGACGUUCUACAAUAUUCAAGAGAGUGGUCAAAUCCUCUAGAAGUUCAGCUGUUUUAGAUGACUAUAGAGCUGCUCUAAAGUAAGAGUUCUUGUUUUCUAUCAAAAUGGAGCGUUUUUUUCUAGAUAGUUCAGAGAUAAAUUUUGCCGUGGUGAACAUCAUCAGUCUAGAAGUUCUUCAAUAUUCAAGAGAGUGGUCAAGCCAUGAAUCCUCUACAAGUUCAACUGUUAUUGAUGGCUAUAGAGCUGCUCUAAAGUAAGAGUUCUUAUUUUUCUGUCAAAAUGGAGCGUUUUUUCCAGAUAGUUCAGAGAUAUAUUUUGCUGUGGACAGAUCAUUGGUCUAGAAGUUCUACAAUAUUCAAGAGAGUUAAACGGUGAAUUCUCGACAUGUUCAACUGUUAUUGAUGGCUAUAGAGCUGCUUAAAGUAAGAGGUCUUAAUUUUCUAUCAAAAUGGAGAGUUUUUUUCCAGACAGUUUCGAGAUCAUUUUGCUGCUGUCAAUUAUCAUCUGUCUGGAAGUUCUACAAUAUUCAAGAGAUUGGUCAAACAUGAAUCCUAUACAAGUGCAACUGUUAUAGACGGCUAUAGAGCUUGUUUUAAGUAAGAGUUCUUAUUUUCUACCAAAAUAGAGAUGUUUUGUAGAACUGGUCUAGAAGUUCUACAAUAAUCAAGAGAGUGGUUAAACUGAAUUCGCUACUGAGCCAUGAAGUAAGGGCCUUGUUUUUGUUUCGUAGAUGAUUUAUUUUUCAGAUAACGCUCUUGUAAUUAGAAGAGAUCAUCCAACAGAAAAAAAAUAAUCAAAGAAGAAUCUACCUAAAAAAUUGUUCCAUUAGAAUCAUAAUGUAAGCAAUAUCUUGUGGCUGAAAAGUGAACAUUAAUAAUAUAGCUAUCAAAUGUAGAAAUAUAUCCAAGAAUUAUGCCCUUAAAUAUGAGGAUUGCAGAGUUUUUUAACCAAGUAGUAGUUUUUAUUUUUAUACCAAUUUAAAUCAUUUUCAGCCAACAGACAGAUUUAUAAUAAUUGAGGAUUGAACAAGAGAAAAAAUAUAUGUUUUGGGGGAAAUCAAGUCAGCUUAGUUAGAGAGGUCAUCGUCAAGGUUUGUUUUUGCUUAUAAACCUCCAACGUUUUUUUAGAAUUGUUUUUCACUCAAAGAUAUACUCUUCUAUGUAAUGGUUGAAAAUUAAAUGCGAAGUAGAGAAAUUUAAGAAAUAUAUACGUUUUUUAAGUAGUUAAAUACAAUUAUUAAUAUUCAAAAUUACAAGUCUUAUGAAAAGAGAAAUAUUGUUGGAAUCAUGAUGAGAUUUUGGAACUAAGAAGACAAAACUAAUGUUUGGAAGGUCUGGAGCAUAACGUAUAUUUUUUAGACAAAAUAAACAUUUUUCAGAUAUGGAAAGAAGCGGAUUAGCGUUGUAAAAUGACAGUGUCGAUGUCAAAAUGGUCACUGUUCCUUCUCAUAUUUAUGCUUUUUUCACCGAUGAUGCUGAAGGCGGGCAACUACCGUGACGGGGAACUAGUGCCUUAAAAAACGAUUCGACAUUGUCAUUUGAUAGCGCCAGGAUUUUUUGAGUAUGUAUGGAGACACUAACAAACUAAAAUGCUAAUUUAUAACGUAAUAUUGUCUCGUUAUCAGUAGUGUCAGGUACCAUUCUCUAAAGUGGUUUGGAAAUUUUGGUACCAUUUUCUUUUGUCUUUUUUAGGAUGAAAUACAUAAUAGAAAUACCAUAAUAUUUUCCAGUAUCAGUUAUAGAUAUCCGGUCCAUAUAUAAGUCAAAGAAAUCUGGAAUAUUAUUAAAAGAGUAUAGAUGUCUACUAUUGAAGACUACUGAUAACGACUAAUAGAUGAAUAUAUGUGAAAGAAUUAUAUAGAGAAUACUAUGAACAGUUCAGAUGGGAAACCAGGAAGAAGAUGUGAAAAUGGCCGAUAGGGAAGAAUACGUGCGAGUGAUACAGAAAAAGACUGGUGAGAAGAAUAAACUCGGUGACCGGGAAGAAGACGGAAACCAGAAUGAAGACGGGUCACUGGACAACAUCGGCGACUGGGAAGAGGAGCGACUGGAGAACAUAUGCAGCCGAGAUUGAGGGUGACAAGGAAGAAAUGGAGACGGGGACCAGGAGAAGAACAUAGGCUGGAUGGUAGAGACGGGGGACUAGGAGAAGAAAGAAGACGUGCUACGGGAGAAGAGCAUAGAUUGCAGGGUAGAGACGGAGUGCCAGAAGAAAGAAGACGGGCUACUGGAGAAGAACAUAGGCUGGAUGGUAGAGACGAGGGACCAGGAGAAGAAAGAAAACGUGCUACGGGAGAACAUAGGCUGCAGGGUAGAGACGGGGACCAGGAGAAGGCGAUGGUCUACAGGAGAGGAAGACGUGCUACUGGAGAAGAACAUAGGCUGGAUGGUAGAGACGAGGGACCAGGAGAAGAACGUGUUACGGGAGAAAAACAGGCUGCAGGGUAGAGACGGGGACCAGGAGAAGACGACGGUCUACAGGAGAAGAAGACAUGCUACUGGAGAAGAACAUAGGCUGGAUGGUAGAGACGAGGGACCAGGAGAAGAAAGAAAACGUGCUACGGGAGAAGAACAUAGGCUGGAUGGUAGAGACGAGGAACCAGGAGAAGAAAGAAGACGAGCUACUGGAGAACAUAGGCUACCGGGUAGAGACGGGACCAGAAGAAGAAAGAAGACGGGCUACUGAAGAAGAACAUAGGCGGCCAGGUAGAGACGGGACCAGGAGAAGAAAGAAGACGAGCUAGUGGAGAACAUAGGCUGCCGGGUAGAGACCGGACCAGAAGAAAGAAGACGAACUACUGAAGAAGAACAUAGGCGGCCAGGUAGGGACGGGACCAGGAGAAGAAAGAAGACGAGCUACUGAAGAACAUUGGCUGCCGGGUAGACGGGACCAGAAGAAGAAAGAAGACGGGCUACUGAAGAAGAACAUAGGCGGCCAGGUAGCGACGGGACCAGGAGAAGAAAGAAGACGAGCUAGUGGAGAACAUAGGCUGCCGGGUAGAGACGGGACCAGAAGAAGAAAGAAGACGGACUACUGAAGAAGAACAUAGGCGGCCAGGUAGACGGGACCAGGAGAAGAAAGAAGACGAGCUACUGGAGAACAUGGGCUGCCGGGUAGAGACGGGACCAGAAGAAAGAAGACGGACUACUGAAGAAGAACAUAGGCGGCCAGGUAGAGACGGGACCAGGAGAAGAAAGAAGACGAGCUGGUGGAGAACAUAGGCUGCCGGAUAGACGGGACCAGAAGAAGAAGACGGGCUACUGAAGAAGAACAUAGGCGACCAGGUAGAGACGGGACCAGGAGAAGAAAGAAGACGGGCUACUGGAGAAGAACAUAGGCGGCCAGGUAGAGACGGGACCAGGAGAAGAAAGAAGACGAACUACUGAAGAACAUUGGCUGCCGGGUAGAGACGGGACCAGAAGAAGAAAGAAGACGGCCUACUGGAGAAGAACAUAGGCGGCCAGAUAGAGACGGGACCAGGAGAAGAAAGAAGACGGGCUACUGAAGAAGAACAUAGGCGGCCAGGUAGAGACGGGACCAGGAGAAGAAAGAAGACGAGCUAGUGGAGAAGAACAUAGGCGGCCAGGUAGAGACGGGACCAGGAGAAGAAAGAAGACGAGCUAGUGGAGAACAUAGGCUGCCUGGUAGACGGGACCAGAAGAAGAAGACGGGCUACUGAAGAACAUAGGCGACCAGGUAGAGACGGGACCAGGAGAAGAAAGAAGACGGGCUACUGGAGAAGAACAUAGGCGGCCAGGUAGAGACGGGACCAGGAGAAGAAAGAAGACGAGCUAGUGGAGAACAUAGGCUGCCGGGUAGACGGGACCAGAAGAAGAAGACGGGCUACUGAAGAAGAACAUAGGCGACCAGGUAGAGACGGGACCAGGAGAAGAAAGAAGACGGGCUACUGGAGAAGAACAUAGGCGGCCAGGUAGAGACGGGACCAGGAGAAGAAAGAAGACGAACUACUGAAGAACAUUGGCUGCCGGGUAGAGACGGGACCAGAACAAGAAAGAAGACGGCCUACUGGAGAAGAACAUAGGCGGCCAGAUAGAGACGGGACCAGGAGAAGAAAGAAGACGAGCUACUGAAGAACAUAGGCGGCCAGGUAGAGACGGGACCAGGAGAAGAAAGAAGACUAGCUACUGGAGAACAUAGGCUGCCGUGUAGAGACGGGACCAGAAGAAGAAAGAAGACGGACUACUGAAGAACAUAGGCGGCCAGGUAGAGACGGGACCAGGAGAAGAAAGAAGACGAGCUACUGGAGAAGAACAUAGGCGGCCGGGUAGGAGAUGGUGACUAGGAGGAGAACGGGCUACUGAAGAAGAACGUAGACAACCGGAAAGAUACAGGCUAGUAAUGGGUGAACCCAAAAUACAUGGACCAUUUGAAAAUUGGAGCGAUAUAAAAUUGGGAUAAAUGUUGCUAAUGUCGUCAUUGCUCUAGAUACUACAAUAUUCUAGCUAGUGGUCAAACUGUGAAUCUUCUACAAAUGCAACUGUUUAGAUGGCUAUAGAGCUGGUUUAAAGUAAGAGUUCUUAUUUUUCUAUCAAAAGAUGGGAAACGUUUUUUCCAGACAGUUCAGAGAAAUUUUGCUGCUGUCUACAUCAUUAGUCCAGAAUUUCUACGAUAUUCAAGAGAGUGGUCAAGUUAUGAAUCCUCUUCAAGUUCAACUGUUAUCGACGGCCUAUAGAGCUGCUCUAAAGCAAGAGUUUUUAUUUUUCUACCAAAAUGGAAAACGUUUUUUCCAGACAGUUUAGAGAUAAAUUUUGCUGUUUUCUACAUCAUCGAUCUAGAAGUCCUAUAAUAUUCAAGAGAGUGGUCAAACCAUGAAUCCUCUACAAGUUCAACUGUUAUAGAUGGCUAUAGAACUGCUCUAAAGUAAGAGUUCUUAUUUUUCUAUAAAAAUGGGAAACGUUUUUUCCAGACAGUUUAGAGAUAAAUUUUGCUGUUUCUACUUCAUCGAUUUAGAAGUCCUAUAAUAUUCAAGAGAGUGAUCAAACCAUGAAUCCAGUACAAGUUUAACUGUUAUAGAUGGCUAUAGAACUGGUUUAAAGUAAGAGUUCUUAUUUUUCUAUUAAGAUGGGAAACGUUUUUUCCAGAUAGUUUAGACAAAUUUUGCUGCUGUCUAGAUCAUUAGUCCACAAUUUCUACCAUAUUCAAGAGAGUGGUCAAACUAUGAAUCCUCUACAAGUUCAACUGUUAUCGACGGCUAUAGAGCGGCUCUAAAGUAAGAGUUCUUAUUUUUCUAUCAAAAUGGAAAACGUUUUUUCCAGACAGUUUAGAGAUAAAUUUUGCUGUUUUCUACAUCAUCGAUCUAGAAGUCCUAUAAUAUUCAAGAGAGUGAUCAAACCAUGAAUCCUCUACAAAUUCAACUGUUAUAGAUGGCUAUAGAGCUGCUCUAAAGUAAGAGUUCUUAUUUUUCUAUAAAAAUGGGAAAUGUUUUUUCCAGACAGUUUAGAGAUAAAUUUUGCUGUUGUCUACAUACAUCAUCGCUCUCGAAGUUCUGUAAUAUUCAAGAGUGUGGUCAAACCAUGAAUCCUCUACAAGAUCAAUAAUUGUUAUAGAUGACUACAGUGGUUUAAAGUCAAGAGUUCUUAUUUUUCUAUCAAAAUGCAGACGUUUUUUUCCACACAGUUUAGAGAUAAAUUUUGCUGCUGUCUAACAUAAUAAUUGGUUUAGAGGUUCUACAGUAUUCAAGAGAGUGGUUCAACCAUGAAUUUCCUACAAACCCUUAUAGAUGGCUAUAGAGCUGAGAUCUAAAGUAAGAGUUUUUAUUUUUAUAUCAAAAACAGAUGUUUUUCCAGAUAGUUUAGAGAUAAAUUUUGCUCCUGUCGAAGACGAGGAAGUUCUACAAUAUUUAAGAGGGCGGUCAAACCAUGAAUCAAACAAGUUCAACUGUUAUAGAUGGCUAUAGAACUGGUUUAAAGUAAGAGUUCAUAUUUUCUAUCAAAAUGGAGAUGUUUUUUCCAGACAGUUUAGAGAUAAAUUUUGCUGCUGUCCAUAAUUGGCUUAGAAGCUCUACAAUAUUCAAGAGUUUCAACCAUCAGAGGUUCAACCAUGAAUUUCCUACAAGUUCAACCUUUAUAGAUGGCUAUAGAGCUGCUCUAAAGUAAGAGUUCUUAUUUUCCUAUCAAAAUGGGAACCGUUUUUUCCAGCCAGUUUAGAGAGAAAUUUUGCUGUUGUCUACAUCAUUAGUCCAGAAUUUCCACGAUAUUCAAAGAGACUGGAAAUCCUUUACAAGUUCAACUGUUAUAGAUGACUACACAGCUGCUCUAAAGUAAGAGUUCUUAUUUUUCUAUCAAAAUGGAAAACGUUUUUUCCAGACAGUUUAGAGAUAAAUUUUGCUGUUUUCUACAUCAUCGAUCUAGAAGUCCUAUAAUAUUCAAGAGAGUGAUCAAACCAUGAAUCCUCUACAAAUUCAACUGUUAUAGAUGGCUAUAGAGCUGCUCUAAAGUAAGAGUUCUUAUUUUUCUAUAAAAAUGGGAAAUGUUUUUUCCAGACAGUUUAGAGAUUAAUUUUGAUGUGGUUUACAUCAUCGCUCUAGAAGUUCUACAAAAUUCAAGAGAGUGGUCAAAUCAUGAAUCCCCUACAAGUUCAACUGUUAUUGAUGGCUAUAGAGCUGCUCUAAAGUAAGAGUUCUUAUUUUUCUAUCAAAAUGGAGCGUUUUUUCCAGACAGUUUCGAGAUAAUUUUGCUGCUGUCAAUCAUCAUCUGUCUAGAAGUUCUACAGUACUGAAGAGAGUGGUCAAACCAUGAAUCUUCUACAUGUUCAAUUCUUAUGGAUUACAUAGAGCUGGUUUAAAUUGUCUGCAUCAGCUUUUGAAGAAGGUUUAGAAGAUCUACAAUAUUCAAGAGUUGUCAAACCUUGAAUCUUCAUCUACUUCAACUGUUCAAUCCAGAACGACUGGGAGGGGACGGCCAAUCAGGAAAGAAACGGCUCACUGGAGAAAAACAUAUGUAUAGGACUGGGUCCCUAGGAAGAAGGGUAGCGACUGAGAGGGCCACUGGAGAAGUACAUGGGCCACAAGAGAUGAGACGAGCGGCUGAACAGAGGAAAUGGGUAGCCAUGAAGAAGAGGUACAAAGCGGACGAAGAUUGGAAGAACACGAGCGACUGUAAAGACGAGCAACCUAAGAGAACACCGGCUACCGAGAUGAAGAUGGGUGACCAGGAAGAAGACUUGCUACUGAAGAGAAAGACCUGGAUGAAGAGGAAAAUGGAAGAAUAUCAGUUACCGCGAAGGAGACCGGCCACUGAAGAAGUACAUGGGCGACCUGAAAGAAGUCGAGCGGCUGAAGAGAGGAAAUGGGUAGCCGUGAAGAAGAGGGAUAAAGGAGGGCGCGCACUGCAUCGGAUCGGACCGACCAGCAAAAGCGACUGCGACCAUCGUACAUAUAGACGGCGCCGGCGUCCACUAAAACAUUUCGGCCUGUAGAGGCCAGAUUCCUACCUCUACCUCUCUACGAUAGUCGAGUCACCGCCUUCGCCGUUUCUCGCCGGACUGGUACCGAUUCAGUGCGCGUACACCUUAACGCAGAAGAAGACUUGAAGAACAUGGGCCACUUCUAUGAAGACGAGCGACUGAAGAGAACACGGACUACUGAGGUGUAAGAGUUCUUAUUUUGCUAUCAAAAUAGAGAGUUUUUUCCAGACAGUUUCGAGAUAAUUUUGCUGCUGUCAAUCAUCAUCUGUCUAGAAGUUCUACAAUACUCAAGAGAGUAGCCAAACCAUGAAUCUUCUACAAGUUCCAUUCUUAUGGAUGACAUAGAGCUGGUUUAAAUUGUCUGCAUCAUCAGCUUUUGAAGAUGGUUUAGAAGAUCUACAAUAUUCAAGAGUUGUCAAACCAUGAAUCUUCAUCUAGUCCAACUGUUAUAGCGACUGGGAGGGUCAGAAAUGGAGGCAAUCAAAGGAAACAGCUCCCUGGAGAAGAACAUACGUAUAGGACUGGGUCCCUAGGAAGAAGGGUAGCGACUGAGAAGGUCAUUGGAGAAGUACAUGGGCCACAAGAAAUGAGACGAGCGGUUGAACAGGGUAGCCAUGAAGAAGAGGAAGAAGAUUGGAAGAACGUGAGGCAACCGAUAACAUUGGCUAUUGAGAUGAAGACCGGUGACCAGGAGAAAAACUUUCUAAUGAAGAGAAGACCCUGGAUGAGGAGGAAAAUGGAAGAAUAUAAGCUACCACCGAAAACGAGACAGGAUACUAGAGAAGUACAUGGGCGACCGGAAAGAAGACUGCAAUCGGGAAGAAGACGAUCAAUCGGGAAGACGACGGGCAAUCGGGAAGAAGACAACGGUCAAUCGGGAAGACGACGGUCAAUCGGGAAGAAGACGACGAGCAAUCGGGAAGAAGACGACGGGCAAUCGGGAAGAAGACGACGAGCAAUCGGGAAGAAGACGGGCAAUCGGGAAGAAGACGACGAUCAAUCGGGAAGACGCCGGGCAAUCGGGAAGAAGACAACGGUCAAUCGGGAAGACGACGGUCAAUCGGGAAGAAGACGACGAGCAAUCGGGAAGAAGACGACGGGCAAUCGGGAAGAAGACGACGAGCAAUCGGGAAGAAGACGACGAGCAAUCGGGAAGAAGACGGUCAAUCGGGAAGACGACGGUCAAUCGGGAAGGAGAAGACGGGUAAUCGGGAAGAAGAAGACGGGCAAUCGGGAAGAAGCCGAGCAAUCGAGAAGAAGACGACGAGCAAUCGGGAAGAAGACGGGCAAUCUGGAAGAAGACGACGAUCAAUCGGGAAGAAGACAACGGUCAAUCGGGAAGACGACGGCCAAUCGGGAAGAAGAAGACGAGCAAUCGGGAAGAAGAAGACUGGCAAUCGGGAAGAAGACGACGAGCAAUCGGGAAGAAGACGACGGGCAAUCGGGAAGACGACGGUCAAUCGGGAAGAAGAAGACGAGCAAUCGGGAAGAAGACGACGGGCAAUCAGGAAGAAGAAGACGGGCAAUCGGGAAGAAGACGACGAGCAAUCGGGAAGAAGACGACGGUCAAUCGGGAAGAAGACGACGGUCAAUCGGGAAGAAGACGACGGGCGACUGGCAAGAAAACAACGGGCGACUGGACACCGGAUUGUCAUCGGCGUCGACCUAGACUUGUUAGCACUGCACUGAGAAAUAAAGGUUUUAGUUUUUGGAACGGUACCGAUAGGUACUAUUUUUGCAUUCAUCGUACACAACAGGCGGGCGAACGGCGUUAGUAUCUGUCGCGUACCACUUUUCCUGGAACUAAAACGGUUGUUUCUUGGUGUAAGAAACAAGUCCAUCGUUGAAGAAUAUUAGCAGAACACUUGUCUUGAAAAGAAAAAGUAUACAGCAACAUCCAUUACUACCAUUACUAAGGCGUUCCAAACCAUAAGCCUAUGAUAUUAUUUUGCCUAGUCAAUCUCUGGAGAAUAUUAGCAGAAUGUUUCUUAAACACAAAAGUAAUAAAUUUUAAAUUAUAGUAUUGUUUAUUUAUUCCAGAGUGUAGAGCACCUUUAAUUAUGUAUCUAAUUAUUGUAUAAUAAAUUUAUGUUAUACUUACCUAAAUUUCAAUAUAUUUGUUUCUUAAAUUUUUGGAAAUAUAUACUGUUUUAUUA